UCCCUUAAACUUAAAGCUUCAAAACCCAAGGUCUCUAUUUCUCUCUUUCUCUUUUUCUUCACAGACUGAAAAAUGGCCAGGGCGGAACAGUCAUUGGGGUUUCAUGUUCUUCUGGCUUUGGCUUGUAUCCUGUGUUUAGCCUCCUGCGCAGAGUCAAGAACAGCUGCUGCAAAUAGACGACAGCAGAAAACCUGGUGCAUCGCCAAGCCAUCAACGGAGGAGAACAAGCUUAAAGACAAUAUAGAGUACAGCUGCUCGCAGAGUGGGGUGGAUUGCAGUGUGAUCGCAGCAAAUGGGAGCUGUUUCUACCCGAAUAACAUUGUCUCUCAUGCAUCCGUCGUUAUGAAUCUCCACUACAGGGCCGCUGGGAAGCACACCUGGGACUGCUAUUUCAACGCCACUGCUCUCAUUGUUCAAAACGACCCUUCUUUUGGUCACUGCGUCUAUCCCCUCUGAGCCUGUCUCCUGAGGAGGCGUUGUCACGAGACAAACAGCACGGUACCCAAAAGCACUAGAUGACAAUCAAUCUAAAUAAACACUUUGUUGCCUCUGACGCUAGACGUCCCAAACUUGGAUUGCUUGCUAUAUAUUCACUCUGUUGGGCAUUCAGGCCAAACAAGCCUCUCAAAAUUCAUCAAAAAGAGUCAAAAGAUGAACUGUGCCUGGUUUCAAGUAGAUUCCAGUGAGCAAAUGCACAUCAGCUUGCUUUGCUUUUAAGUUGAUUUCUUGUUCUUUUAUUGACUUUUGAGGAUGGGUUAGUGUUUGAGUUUCAA